AGGCGCACCCUGCCGGGGCAGUCACUGCGCUCUCGCCCGCAGAGCACCCCUCUAAACUUCUUGGUCUCCAGGACGGACGCUCAGGCGCUUCCCUCGCCUUGGCCAAACUUGCUUUCCCGCCUCUCAAAUUCGACUUCCUUGCACUCCAAACUCUUUUCCCUCCAGUUUCCCCUCCUCUGUCUCCCAAGCCACAAACCCCGGUCCCCAAUUCUCUCCCCCCCCCCAAAGCACUCUCCCUUCUUCUCUCCCUUUUCAACUUCUUGUCCGAUUCCACCUCAGGCUCCAAGCGUUCCUAACUCAGUCGCCCGCUUUCCUUCGGCUCGAAGCCAUGGCGGGACCUGGGGGUUGGAGGGACAAGGAAGUCACGGAUCUGGGCCACUUGCCGGAUCCAACUGGGAUAUUCUCACUGGAUAAAACCAUUGGCCUUGGUACUUAUGGCAGGAUCUAUCUGGGACUCCAUGAAAAAACUGGUGCAUUUACAGCUGUUAAAGUGAUGAAUGCUCGUAAGACCGCUUUACCUGAAAUAGGAAGACGAGUGAGAGUGAAUAAAUAUCAAAAGUCUGUUGGAUGGAGAUACAGCGAUGAGGAAGAGGAUCUUAGGACUGAACUCAACCUUUUAAAGAAGUACUCUUUCCACAAAAACAUUGUGUCCUUCUAUGGUGCUUUUUUCAAGCUGAGCCCCCCCGGCCAGAGGCACCAACUUUGGAUGGUGAUGGAGUUAUGUGCAGCAGGCUCAGUCACUGAUGUAGUAAGAAUGACCAGAAAUCAGAGUUUGAAAGAAGAUUGGAUUGCUUAUAUCUGCCGAGAAAUCCUUCAGGGCUUAGCUCAUCUUCAUGCACACCGUGUAAUUCACCGGGACAUCAAAGGUCAGAAUGUGUUACUGACUCAUAAUGCCGAAGUAAAACUUGUGGAUUUUGGAGUGAGUGCCCAGGUGAGCAGAACUAAUGGGAGGAGAAAUAGUUUCAUUGGGACGCCAUACUGGAUGGCACCUGAGGUGAUUGACUGUGAUGAGGACCCAAGACGCUCCUAUGAUUACAGAAGUGAUGUGUGGUCCGUGGGAAUCACUGCUAUUGAAAUGGCUGAAGGGGCUCCUCGUGAGAGAUCCCAUAGGUUCCCACGUUCCUGCAUCGUCUGUCGGCACAAUGUCCAGACAACAAGCUUUAUAAGACAUGGCAUAUGCUUUUCUGUCUUUUCAUUUAGUGUUCCUCAGCGGUCUGUUUUGGAACAAGCUCAGAAGCCCAUUGACAUCAGACAAAGGAGUUCACAAAAUCCUCAAAAUUGCCCAGCAGUAUCAGAAUCUUCUUCUGAGGAAGAGAGUCCUGUAACCUGGAGGAGGUCCCAGUCAUCACCGCCUUAUUCUACUAUUGAUCAGAAGUUGCUGGUUGAUGUUCAUGUUCCAGAUGGAUUUAAAGUAGGAAAAAUAUCACCCCCUGUUUACUUGACAAAUGAAUGGGUAGGCUCUAAUGCACUCUCUGAAAUCUUCCGGAAUGAUUGGUUAACUCCUGCACCUGUCAUUCAGCCACCUGAAGAGGAUGGUGAUUAUGUUGAACUCUAUGAUACUGGUGCUGAUACUUAUGGUGAUGAUGAUGAUUCUAAUGAUGCUUAUGAAGAUACCUAUGACCAUGACAAUGGCAAUGAUGGCUUGGAUAACCAGGUUGGUCGGGUUAAUGAUAUUGGUGAAGACCAUGAUGAUAAUGACAAUGAUGAAGCUAUUGAUGACAAAGACAAUAAUCAUGAUGAUGCUCCGUGUUGGCCAAGACCAAGCUAUGGCGAUGGAAGCUACAAGCAAGAUGGUAGAGAUGGAAAUGAUGGUGGAGAAGGGACAUGCAACAGCUAUGGAAGUCAGAGAGUCAGUAGAAGCCAUGGAGGAAGUGUAGCCAGUGGGGGCAGUGCGGCCAUUGGAGACCAUGAAGAACAUGGAGCCAAUAUAGGCAAUGGAAGAAAAGUCAAGGUAAAUGGAGGUAAGGGAGUCAGUGGAACCAAUGAAGAAAGUGGAGCCUUUGAACUCAGUGAAGGAGAAAAUUACUCAGAGACAGCAGAGACAGAUGGUCAAGGAUUGGAGAGACUGACAUCCCAGGACUUUGAACAUCAACAGGAGGAGCCAGGUGGAAGAAGUGAGGCCUCAAAUGCCAUUGCCUCAGAUGCUGCACCAGCAGCACCUGAUGACAAGAAUGACAGCAUGGAUAUAUUGGAAGCGUCAACACAAUCAGGUUUUUUUGCCAGCCACUCAUCUCCUUCUAAUAGUUCUGGGAGGGCUGCAAAUGCUGACUUUGCCAGUGCCAUCUUGUAUGCUGGGUUAAUGGAAGCACCUGAGAAAUCACCUAAGCCACCAUCUGAAGUCAACGUUAACCCACUAUAUGUGUCUCCUGAAUGUAAAAAACCACUAAUCCACAUGUAUGAAAAGGAAUUCACUUCUGAGAUCUGCUGUGGUUCUUUGUGGGGAGUGAAUUUGCUGUUGGGAACUCGAUCUAAUCUGUAUCUGAUGGACAGAAGUGGAAAGGCAGACAUUACUAAACUCAUAAAGCGAAGACCAUUCCGUCAGAUUCAAGUUGUAGAGCCACUCAAUUUGCUGAUUACCAUCUCCGGCCAUAAGAACAGACUUAGGGUGUAUCAUUUGACCUGGCUGAGGAACAAGAUUUUGAAUGAUGAUCCUGAUAGUAAAAGAAGACAAGAGGAGAUGCUAAAGACAGAAGAAGCCUGCAAAGCUAUUGAUAAACUGACAGGUUGUGAACACUUCAGUGUCCUCCAACAUGAAGAAACAACAUAUAUUGCAAUUGCUUUGAAGUCAUCAAUUCACCUUUAUGCAUGGGCACCAAAGUCCUUCGAUGAAAGUACUGCUAUUAAAGUAAUAUGCAUUGAUCAAUCAGCAGACUCCGAAGGAGACUACAUGUCCUAUGAAGCCUAUAUACGAAUACUGGCAAAAAUACAGGCAGCUGAUCCAGCAAACCGGUUUAAGAGACCAGAUGAGCUCCUUCAUCUGCUGAAACUCAAGGUGUUUCCAACAGUUGGUCAUAAGCCAGUGACAGUUGACCUGGCUAUUGGUUCUGAAAAAAGACUAAAGAUUUUCUUCAGCUCAGCAGAUGGAUAUCACAUCAUUGAUGCAGAAUCUGAGGUUAUGUCUGAUGUGACUCUGCCAAAUAACCCCCUGGAAAUCAUUAUACCACAGAAUAUCAUCAUUUUACCUGAUUCCUUGGGAAUUGGCAUGAUGCUCACCUUCAAUGCUGAAGCCCUUUCUAUGGAAGCAAAUGAACAACUCUUCAAGAAGAUUCUUGAGGUGUGGAAAAACAUACCAUCUUCAGUAGCUUUUGAGUGUACACAGCGAACCACAGGAUGGGGCCAAAAGGCCAUUGAAGUCCGCUCUUUGCAAUCAAGGGUUCUGGAAAGUGAACUGAAGCGCAGGUCAAUUAAGAAGCUGAGAUUUCUGUGUACCCGAGGUGACAAGCUAUUUUUUACCUCUACCCUGCGCAAUCGCCACAGCCGGGUUUAUUUCAUGACCCUUGGAAAACUUGAAGAGCUCCAAAGCAUUUAUGAUGUUUAAAAGGUUCCAGUGAUUUAUUACAACAUUUACAAACAUCAUAAAUAUGAAAUCUGCAUCUUAAAAUUUCUGAGAUUAAAUGAGCAUUCAGUUUUAUUGUUAGGGAAAAAUUAAAUCAGAUACUUUACUUUUAAUGUAGCACAAAAUAGUUCUAAUGAGAAAUGCAGCUUUAUAUAUAAAAUUAACUAUAGCAAGCUCUGUGUACUCCAAUGGUGUACAAUGUCUUUUGCACAAACUUUGUAACUUUUGUUACUGUGAACUCAAAUAUUACUCUUAGUACAGUUUGGACAGUAUCUAUAUUCAGAUAUUACUACAUGGAGUAAAGAAACCUGUAAUGAGUUAGAUUCCAAGUAGCUUUCAAAAUAAUUGGCCCUGAGUGAGGUUUUUCAGAAAGAAAUAAAAAUAGCAACAAACUAUAUGCAAACUUGCAAAGUCAUAUAAAGAACCAAAAGUUAGAUUAUUAAAUGAAAAUAAUAAGAACUAUGCUACAAACAAGACUAAGCCUGAACAACCUGCAUGCCUAGAGAAAACUACAGUGAUAAAGGGGAAAAGGCCACCCAUUUCCUUGCUGUUCCUUGACAGUUAAGCCCCCAGUCAGAGACCAGUUGUGUUUUUUUCAUACCAUGUUCAGCUGGUUUUCUCCUGAUAAGAAGGAAGAAAGUCUUAGAUGCUUGAUGUUCCUCAGAACCCCUGAAGAUGUGCAAUAGCUGUUUGUUUGUUUGUUUGUUUGUUUGUUUGUUUUUUUAAACCACCAAAUAAUACACUUGCAAGCCUGAAUACAGGACUAAACUCCUAUACACAUGUACUGUAGAAUGAGUUGAGGUUUUUUUUUAAUACUUCAAAAUAGGCGUCAAAUUCUAACCCCCAAAGACAGAUUGGUUGAUUUAUAAAAAUUCUUAUCUGGCCAAAAGUGGGACCAUCAGACAACAUGGAAUAUUUUCCCAAUCCUAGAUUGAACUACAUAAGAAGUUCCCCUCAGUUAUUAAACAAAAAGAACAAAAUGCAACAACAAAAAAACUUUGGCUGCUAAUACUUUUUUUUUCCCAUUUCUAUUUCUGUAAAAUAAGAAAUUAAUCUAAAAGUGAUAAGUCCACAUGUAGGGACUUAAUGUUUAGGUAAAAAAAAAGAAAAAGAAAAAAACAUUUUGAAAAAAAUGCAACUUUCAUCAAAUUUAGAGUAGUGAAAAUCAUGUUAGUCCAUCACCCAAUAUGUUAUAGACGCCAUAGGUAGGUGGUGUUUGGUCACCUAUGGUAACUGCUACCUGGUGAAAACCAUAAUUUCUGCAUAUACAUCCUCAAUACCAUGGUUAGUUCUGGGGCAAGAAUAAGCAACAGAACUACCACAAAGUAUACCUCAGUAUAAUUCCUCUAGUUCUGCUUCAAGAGUAUGAAGACAGUGCUAGUGGGAUAAUAGUUUUCAAACUACCUGGUUAACCAAAAUACAAAAUCAGCUGACUAUGUGUGAUUUCGUGAUAGCACAUUAUUUCUUGGUGCCUUGGUGACAAGAAUGAUGAUUUGGAUUUUCCUAACAACUUACAUCAAGAGUGUAGUAGCUCAAAAUGAGAAUUUAGGAGAACCUGAAUCCAUGAGUUACAGAAAUAAAUGUGAUUCACAUCUCUGUUACUGUGACACAAUAAUGUGAUCCUAAAACUGGCUUAUCCUUGAGUGUUUACAACUCGAAUGACUUUUUAAAUGCAGUAGUUUAAAGAGGAAACAUUUAUGUCAAAUUAUUUCCUUAGAAGCAGUCUUCAUUAUUAUAAAUUUGUACACCAAAAAGGCCAUGGGGGAACUUUGUGCAAGUACCUCAUUGCUGAGCAAAUGGAGCUUGCUAUGUUUGCAUUUCAGAAAAUUCUUUCAUUUAAGUAGUGUGUAGAAUCAAGUCUUUUGAAAAUUCAUUUUUCUUCAUAAUAUUUACUCAAAGUUAAGAUUAGAGAAAUAAGUUUCAUCUUAAAAUCAUAUUUUUAAGGCAGUAAGACAGUAAACUAGUUUAGGAAAUCAACUCCCAUUGUGCUCUGUGGCUGUUAUUCUAGUAAAACAUAGACCAUGGUGAACUGAAUCUACAGAGAUGUACCAAAGUAAACAAACAAGAAAAAUUGCAGACAUGUAGCUGAACUUUAAAGGAUAAGGUGUUAACAAAGAAAGGAAGCUGGCACACAUCACAAAGGGAGAUUGAAAUGUUGGAUAGCCAAAUAGAAAGGAUUGAAAAUAUUUAAAGUGGUGUAUAAGUAAUGAAUAUCUCAAAUUUUGAUGUUAUUCCAUCUGGAAUUUGUAUACCCUUUGCCAGCUGAAACAAGAAAGUGAAGGGGCAAUUAAAUUUCAUAGUCCGUGCACAGUAAUGGAAGAAAUUAUAUCUAUACCUCACCUUGUAGAUCAGCACUUGGCAGUCCCAGCUCAUUACAGAAGCAAUGGUGGGGUAAUCCUGGCUAGCCAAUUCUCCUAGCCCUGUGAUUGAAAGCAUGAAAGUUCUAGCAGGUUGUGAGUAGCAUUGGGACAAAAUACAGUUUUAUUUUAGUGUACUUUAGUUUUUUUCACCAAAGCUCUUGUCCAAAAUAAAAGGCAUUGUUGGAAAUAUUUGAAAACUAAAAAAUGAUGUAUGAAGAGGGCUAACAAGAAAAGCUGUGAGUGAUUAGGUCUGUUGAAGUAAGGGAAGAGCUCAGAGGAAAUAGUAGGAAAGGAUAAUCGUUUAGAUAGUAAAAUAGGCAAAGCAGAAAUCACACACGUACAUGCAUACACAUAUACAUACACACAUGCAAACCAUUAGAAUGCAUAAUUUUAAUAUUUUCAGUGCCACCAGUUUCUAGAUAAAAUAAUCACUGUGUUUUCUGCCAGCACUCAUUUAAUUGAAACAGUAUUCAUAAAACCAGGAAUAAUGCCACAUGCACUCAAUGGGAUCUUUUAAAUACUCUUCAAUUAUUUUUUUAAAUGUGCCUAUUUAAAUCAAUUUGUAUUUGAUAUGUGCUUUAACUUAAAAAAUUAUUGAAAUAAUCUUUGAGACUGCUAAUUGUUUCAUCAGAAAGUCUGCAAUGAACCAUGUUCAACCUCUAAAAAUAAACAUUUUAAAAAUUAUUGAA